AUGUCGCCUAAGGGGUUAGGGGAUUUACUGGUGGAGUAUGUCAGGCGGCGCGGACCUUACAUGUCCGAGGACGAAUAUCAGAAUAUGCUAUUGAUGGACAUAUAUAAUCAGUUACGACAGUUUGUGAAGUACAUGGAAGAUAAAGAUACCAUAAUGGCGUAUACCGUUAGUUGUGAUGACCAGGGCUGGAAGCAUCGCAACGAUGGCAAUAGGAUAAUGAAGACGGAAGGAAACAGACCUAUAUGUAGGCUUAUGGUAGGGGCUCUAUAUUUUAUGAACAAAAACAGAUGGGAACGGGACAAUAAUGCCGCACAGGACACUGGAGAUGAGAGGCUAAAGGACUAUGUAAGGUGUGGAAUAGUACACAUGUUUGAAGAAUUAUUGCUGGAGGCAUCCUGCGGAGCAAACUGGGGCAUAGAGUAUGCAUGGGAUAUAAUGAAAGAAAUAGAGCAGUCUAUGCAUGGUUUAAUUACGGACAAUAUUUGUAACAUGCAAAGGGCUGAGAAUAUAAAAAUUGGAGAGUGGUCCAUGAAAGCCAAAAUAAAGAAGUGGUUGGAAGAAAAUGAGGAGUUUAAAGCGAAAUUACAGGUGAAGAAAGUAGGAAAUAAGUGCACGGGACAUGGGAAGAGCACAUCAAAAGAUGAGCGCGCAUCGACAGCAAUUAGUGAGGGGCAGGCUAAAAAAAUUAAGCGAGAGAAGAAUGCUGAGAAAAUUCUGUGGGCUAAAGUGAAGACUGUAGUUCGGGAAGCUAGAAAAGAGGUACGAGACAAAAUAAAAGACCUGGAUAAGAACAUACCGAGGCAUGCUGAGGGCAACGUGACGAGAGGGGGGGACUUUAUAGACAUAUCCGACUCGGAGGACGAAAACGCUGAUGACGAUGAUGACGAAGAAGACGACGAACAGGAUCAGGACGAUGAAGAGGAUGCAGAAGAGCAGGACGCGAAGGAGAAGGAAACGAGCAACCAGAACGGGGACCAUAGUCACCACAAGAAGGAAGACAAGAAGGAUGCAACAUCUAAUGAAGACAGAAAAAUACAACAGACUCCACCACCAACAACAGGUGCUGUAGCAGGAGCAACAGAACUUGGAAGGGCAGAUACAACAGCCGGAGGAGGAGAGGCGUCCCAACCACAAGCACCGGCAUCUCCAGUAUUACCAUCAGUACCACAGGCACCACCCUCGACACCAUCAUCACCGACCGCAGGGGACAAGGCAUCCACGGCACAAAGCCCAGGUCAAGGACCAGGACCUGGACAACAACCCCCCCCACCUCCACCACCCCAGGGGAAUGCGCCUGAGGGCACCCAGGGGGGGCAGGAUGCAGACAAAGCAGUCGACGCAGAUUGUGGGACGAACCCCGAAGACCCACAAGAAGGUAAGGACUCCAUUACGCCCCCUGAGGGCACAACACAAAUAGUACACAAAGAAACGGAUCCAGUGAGUGCACAGUUACCUACCGAACCGAAUCAUGUUCCAAUAUCAACAAAACCAAUUGAGAACAACCCCCCCGACACUGUAAUCACGAAUAAUGAGGAGAACCCUACAAAGAGCAAGGUGGACGAUGUGCCUGAGGUAAUCAAUUCUGCACCUGAACCAGUGAGCGCCGUAGACGGUGGUAUAAAGGAACCUGAACAUUCCCCUGGGGCCCAAGAUACACCUGGCCCAGUUGGCGCAAAUGGGCAUAACGGUGAAGCAGAAGGAACACGUGAACGUGCGGCAACCCCAAUUCUUGAGGACACUUAUCCUGACCAUGAAUUCUGGGAUAUUGUUAGUAGUGUUAAUCCCCCUGCUGAUGAUACUGCGGGUACUGGUCCAGGUUUUUCCGGUAGUACCCCCAAAGCCCGUUGCGAUGCGGACACUGUUCUCGGUGGCGCCAGGGAGGAUAAAGGCUUUGGGUUAGAUCUAAGUGGUCCAAAGGGAUUGGACAGUAUAGCAAGGGGAUUUGCACCAGCUACCCCCACACAAGAAACUUCGGGUAAUUGGGAUAUAAAUAAGAAUGGCGGCCCUGACGGACCCGACCUAACCGACACCGUCCUGACCGCCACUACUCCCGUGCUGUUCUUCCUGUCCGCCGUCACCGUCGCCCUUCUUGGUUAUUCCCUUUGGAAGGCAAGUACACUAGGUACAUCAUCGGCUACUGUCACAAGCCAAUUUGACACGGUAGAUGCAACUAGAGUUGGAUCGACUACCGUGACAUUGAGUGAUGGAACUGAUGUAGGGAAACAGGGCACACGUAAUGUUUACGACGGUCAGGCUACGGGUAGUCCCGGGAAGAACAGGGUGUUCGUGGACAUGCGGAGAAAAUUAAAAUCCAAGGUGCACGUCAAGAAUCCAGUACCUGUAAAGAAGAAGCCACAGGGUGGAACAGCGCAGAACAAGCUGAAGGAAUGUUGUCAGAAAUUGAAACGUUGUAAAAUGGGAAGGAAAGCAUGGACAAUACUUAUAGUAAUCUCCACAGUCCUGUAUGCAUUCUUUAUGACCAUGAUCCAACCUUUCAGUAAUGAAACCGAAACUGGAAUAAUGUUAGUGUUGUCCGCGCUCGGGAGCAUGCAUGGAAUAGCCCUACUCAUUGCAAUUAUCUAUUUGUGUGUGCUACUAUGUUUCUGCUGCUCGAAGACAGGGAAAUGUUUACUGGAUAAAAUUUGGAAGAAGAAGGAGAAGAAGGAAGCUCCCACAGAAACGCAAAAAAAAGGAGAAGUAAAUAAGAAACCCGAGACACCCGGGAAGCAGAAGGUACCUGGAAAACCAGAAGUACCUAACAAGCAGAAACCAGAAGUACCUGAGAAGCACGAAGCACCGGGCACAGCAGGAGAAUCCGAAAAACUGGAAGCACCUAAGAAACCAGAAGUGCCAAAGAAAUCGGAAACACCUAGGAAACCGGAACUAGCUGAGACGCAAGAAGCAUCUGGGAAAUCAGACAUACCUGCCGAACCGGAAGUAGGUGAGAAGCAAGGAGCACCGGGGAAACUGCAAUUACCAUGGAUUUUGACACUACCUGGGCAAUCAGAUGUAUGUAGCAAACCGGAAGUUCCUAAGAAACCAGAAGUACUCGUGAAACCGGAGACACGCAUGAAAUCAGAGGUACCUAAGAAACCGGAGGUAGCUAAUAGUAAGAAGCACAUGGGAAACUGA